UUUCAGCACCAGUCGGGUACGUUAAACGCCACUCGUAGUUAAGCUUUAACCUGUUCACAACCUAUUCGCAACCUGUUACUUUUCUUCGGAGCCCACGCGUUGGACGUUGGAAUCGUUGUUUACUUGUUGACUACGAAGCGCAGCUGCCGGACACCGCGCUGUAUACAAAAAAAACGUGAAUCUUCAAAACUUCUUCUGAAUAGUGGAGUCUUUCCUGUCCAACUGCCGUCGCCAGCCCAAGUAUUUGGCUACAUUCAAGUACGUGCUACGGUACUUUGUUGGUUUCAAGACCUGGUUGACCUGGCUGGUACCUAGUGGCUCCCUGUCAGAGAAAAAAAAGAGGGCCACUGUCAACCCUUGACACAAACGCUUUCCAGAUCCUUGCUAUGUAAUUCCCUCUUACAUUACCUACAUACCAUCGAGACUCCAGUCAUUCACACACACAAGAUCCCGUCCGUUGUUUCACACCGUUCCAAAAGUUGUCAAGUCAGCCGCAGUCCACCAGUACUGGCUCGCUCAGUAACUAAAUAUGUCCACCGGACAAUCCCAACCCCAAUCACAGUUUCUGCGGGAAGGCGUUCUCGCAGACCACGACCGCCGGCCUGUGUCGCAAACACAUUCUCUCAACGAAUUAUCUACUCCGGGAACACAUGCCUUCCUAACAGCUGCCGACGCAUUAAAUCGAAACCGUAUACAGGAAAACCGCAUAGCAAAAUCUUAUAAUGGCGAGUCCACACAUCCCUCGAACUACGUACACGAAGAGCCGAUGAGUUCGAGAAUAGAGGUACCACACGGUCAAAUCCAGUUCCAAUCGCAUACAAUAGCCCCUUCUCCGCCUUUGCCACAACGCUCGCUGGGGGAAUUGUCUUCGUCUCCUGAAGAAUUUCCAUACUUCCAGUCACCACUUGGGAGGGCUAGUACUCUAUAUGUCGCGACUGAUGUACCGCCGGCGUCUUCAGAACGGUCCGACAGUCUCAAUAGCAACCCUAGCCCUUUCCCAUCGUAUCGCUCAGCUUUGAAUCUACAACGCAAGAAUUCCUCACCUAGCCUUAAACCAGUUUCGAGAACACCUAGCGUCAAGCAACACUACGCGAGAAGUAUUAGUUCUGCCGCGAGCUCAACCUAUCCAAGCCCCAUAAUAUCUGCUAUGGGCGAUGUUACGCCUCUGCCGUCGCCAUUGUUAGGUAGUGAUUCACCUGGUCCGUGGAAGCGAUUUAACUCCCGCCGCCCGUCUCAAGCGCGGGAAGCUGCACCGUCAGUUAUGCCUGAUUCGGUUCUUAUUACCGCAGCUGGCGAAUCUGUCGCAUCCGCACUGGCUCACCAGUCCAAACGGAAGGUGUAUGCCGGACUAAAUGUUGGCCACGCAACCGAGAUCAGCAGUGGCAAGGUCGAGCACACCCGCAAUAGAAGUAUCAGUGAAUACAUUCCGGAUCCGAAGGGCAUACCCAAGCGCCAGAACACCGUAGCCGGGAAGGUGGACGGGAAGGGCACGGAUAGCGCUGUCAAUCCUCAUUUACGCCGGGAACCACACUUGUCUGAAGCGCGAGGGAUUAUACCCGUAACGAAACCGCCCUCGCCUCCUCCUAGCGAGUCGUCGCAGAGCAGUGAUAAUGUCAGUUCUAAGAGGUCACGUUACGAAUGUUUUGAGGCCCGCGACCGAUACGAUGGAAGACUCAGACGGUGGCGUGCGAUUAAGGAGCUGGGACAAGGAACAUUUAGUCGAGUUAUGCUAGCAACGAGUCAGGUGGCUGCCGACGACGAGACCAACGACACGAAUCAGAACAGUACAAAUGGGACAUCCUCGCUGAUGAAUGGUUCUCAACCGGAUCGCAAGACUUUGGUCGCUGUCAAAGUUUGCGAACACGGGCCUCGGGGUGGGGCCUCGGAAGACCGGAUUGAAAUGAGCCUCAAACGAGAAUUAGAUAUAAUGCGAUCGAUAAGUCAUCCGUCAUUGGUCCACUUGAAAGCCUGGAGUAUCGAACCGACAAGAGCGCUACUAGUAUUAAGUUAUUGCCCUGGAGGCGAUUUAUUUGAUGUCGCUACGACAUACCGAGACGCUUUAACGCCUUUACUUUUGAGAAGGAUAUUUGCCGAGAUAGUUGGGGCGGUAGAAUAUCUCCACGAACGUCGGAUCGUUCAUAGGGAUAUUAAGCUCGAGAACGUUUUGGUGAACAUUCCGCCAUCUGAGCUCACAAAACCGGACCAGGAUUGGGCUGUAUAUCCGUAUUCGGUAACUACGCUUACGGACUUGGGUCUGUCGCGACGCGUGGCCGGCGACGAAAAGCUCGAGACUCGUUGUGGAUCGGAUGACUAUGCCGCACCCGAAGUUAUAUUAGGACAGCCGUAUGAUGGACGUGCUGUCGAUGCCUGGUCACUUGGUGUUUUACUUUACGCUCUCCUCGAAUCACGACUCCCUUUUGAUCCUCCACCAGGCGCUAGCGAUGCGCAGAGAAUGCGAAGCAGGACAAGUCAUAGAAUUGCCCGCGUUGAAUGGAGAUGGAUUAAGUAUCAGGGCGACGACGGCGAUCAUGACGCGAACGAAGCAAAAUUUGAGAGCGAAGGCUUGAAAGGUGCCAUGGAAAUUACCGAGGGUCUUCUUAAGCGAGCCAGGAGCCGCUGGCCACUGGAGAAAGUGGUCAAACACGAAUGGGUUCGUGGCGGGAUUGAAGUUGAAGGUGGUCUAAAGUUUAGAGAAGAGGAGGAAGGGGAGGAGGUAUUAUAACAUUGCCUGGUGUUUUCCAGAUGUGUUUCUUGUUGAGACGGGUGUACUAGAGGUGCAUAAGUUUUAUUUUCAACAAUUUCUUGGGCUCAGUUUUAGGAGGUCUGGCUCACGGCUAGGAACGCCGUGG